CGAAGACGACGUCACCGAAGGAGUAUAAGAGGCGAGUUCGCCUCGGCGACGUCCUGUUAGUCGCGAAGAGGUCAGUGUUAAGGCCACACAUCAAAACGUGAUUGAUUAAAGUUUUAAUACACAAAAAAAAAUAAUUUGUUAAAAAAAAACAAAUUGUUAAAGAAGAAAUUGUUGAACAUAAUUAAAAGAAGUGGAGGAAAUUGUUGCAAAUUAUUUUAAAGGAAGAACUGUAAAGAUCGCGGUCAUCCGCGGUCAAUACCUCUUCAUCUUCUUCACGUCGCGCGUGUGUUUUUAGUGUUACAACUUGGUCUUGACCUAGAAAAAUACUUUCCAGGGUUGAAGACGUGAAAAAACCGAAAAUGAAGAUCCCGUUUUGUUUAACAAUAAUAGCUCUUUGCGUUUUACACGCCAAUUCAAACCCAAUCAUAAUUAACAGCGAAGAGAGCCCAAAAGAAACGCCAAAAGAAAAUUUAGAGGAAAUAAAACAAAUCGAAACAACCGGGAUUAAAGAAGAAGAAAAAUUGGGGGUGUUCCAAGAAAAUCCAACGAAAAUCGAAGAAGUUAAAGAAACGGGGAGGCAAUCAACCGAUGAUGAUGAUGACGAUGACGACGAUGAUUUAGGGUUGGAUUUAGAUGAUGAUGACGACGAUGAUGACGCAUCAGAUGAUGAUGAUGAUUAUUUCGAUGGAAUUUUCGAUGAUAUCUUAGGAGAAGAUGAUGACGACGACGACGACGACGACGAUGAUGAACCAGCCCAACCCGCUCCAGUUCAAACACCCGAAGAUGCAGUUCAAAACGCCCAAGAAGAAGUUGCUCAAGCUGCAGAAACUGCCGAUCAAGAAGUUUACACAGACGCCCCAGGAGCUGAUUCUUUAAUCGAUAAAGACCCCGAUGCCAUUCAAAACACAAUUCAAGAACCGGUUGUUGUUCAACCAAUCGAAGAUGAGGAGGAGGAAGCAGAAGAUGAUGAUGAUGACGACGAUGAAGGUGAUUUAGAUGAUUUAGCGGAUGAUGACGAUGACGACGAUGACGAUGAUGGCGCGGAGGAUGAUGACGAUGACGACGACGAUUUGGAAGAUGUCAUCGAGGCUAAGAGAUCACGUUCAUUGAACUCACGCGAUCAAAAAAUCCCCUCCGUUUACAUAGCAAAAUACAACCGAUUUGUCGAUACAAUAAUCGAACGGAUAAACACAAUUUUAGGAAAAUCUUACGACCCCGUUCGAGUUAAAUUACACAAAAAAUCAACAACAAAACAUAACCCCGCCAACAACAACAACAACAAAAUCAAAAAGCGCAAAUCAAACAAAAAGAAAUCAAAAACGCCGUUAAACCGCCAAGAAGCAACGAAUAAAAUGGGCGAAAUCGAAUUGGCGAGAAAUUUAAACACCUCAUAUUCAAACCCUAACUUUGUGUUAAUCUCAAAAACGGGGGUGAGUAAUCGCGAGGAAUACAACGUUGAGAAUCGGGCGAAAACGAAGAAACCUUCGAGUGUUCCUAAUAAGACGAAAAAUACUAAGACGAAAAAUAAAACGAAAAUUAGUGGGAAAAAUGUUCAAAAAGCGAGGGCUACGUUGUUUGGUUUGAGUACUUUGAGACGGGAUGGGGAUGUUACCGUAACGACGAUGAGUGAUCAUACAACUGUUAAAAGUGAAUUUGUACUUGGGCCAUUGCAAUUGAGAGUUGAAAAGGAGUUUGAGAGGCAGUUAAAGAGUGCUACGGCGACUACGGCUGAGAUGAGGGGGCGAUUGAAUUUGAGGAUUUUACAAGGAGGGGCGGCUACAUUACAUUCUAUUAAGGUUUUACAACCGAAACAGGUUAGGGUUGAAAGUGCGGAUAACCACGAGAAGACCAAAGAAUUUAUGUGGAAUAAAAGUUCAAGAAUUGCCAAAGUUGUCGCGAAUAAAUUGGCGGCCGCUGCUAAAUCAAUGUUACAACCGGCUCCGGGGAUACAAAAAUAAUUAAUACAAAGCUUUACGGAGUAAUUUAAAAAUUAGACUUUCAUAGACUUUACUAACUUAAUUUAUUGUAGCAUUAACACUAUUUAUUGAUGAGUAUUUAUGAAAAAUAAAACUUCCCCAAGUUA